CUCUCCUAAUUUCUUCUGUUAACAAUUUUGUUUUUUUUAAAAUGUCUAAGGAGGAGCAGAUUGUUUGUGGUGCUGAGGAGUAUUUUCAAGAACGAGGGCCAACAGUGACAUUCAGCAGACUGCAAUACUGUGUUCAAGAAAGGAGGCUCUGCUGCAAGAGAGGUCCUGAAAAAGUCAUCCUCAAAGAUGUGAGUGGGAUCAUGAGACCUGGGAUGAAUGCUAUUAUGGGUGCAACAGGAAGUGGGAAAACAUCGCUCCUGGAUGUAAUUGCCGGCAGAAAGGAUCCUGCUGGACUGCGGGAGGGAAAAGUGUUGGUGGAUGGCAAAGUUGUCACAUCAGACCUAAGGCUCAUGUCUGCCUAUGUAGUUCAGGAUGAUAUCAUGAUGGGCACCCUGACUGUGAGGGAAAACCUUCUGUUCAGCGCCAACCUCCGCCUCAAUCCGAAGAAUUACUCCUCCUCUGAAAAACGCAAGAGAGUAGACGACAUAAUACAGGACUUGGGUUUAACAGACUGCACACACACCAAGAUUGGCACAGAGUUUCUUCGUGGUGUGUCAGGAGGUGAGAGGAAGAGGUGCAGCAUUGGGAUGGAGCUCAUCACUUCUCCAUCUCUGCUGUUUUUGGAUGAACCAACCACUGGGCUGGAUUCAAACACUGCCAAUUGUAUCAUCAAUCUCCUGCACAGGCUGUCCAGGAGAGGUAAGACUGUGAUCUUCUCCAUCCACCAGCCACGCUACUCCAUCUUCAGACAGUUUGAUCACCUGACUCUGAUGCAUAAGGGAGAGAUUGUGUACGCAGGAGCAGCAAAUCAUGCCUUGUACUAUUUCACAGAGCUUGGCUACCAAAUUGAGGCGUUCAACAAUCCUGCUGACUUCUUCAUGGAUGUUACAAAUGGAGAGGCAAAAUCAACAUUAGACUCAAUUAAUGGAGCUGACGAUCAAAAUGUUUUGGCAAUGAAGUAUCGCCAGUCUCAGCUCUUUCAGGAUGUGCUUGAGGAGCUGGAACAUGUGAACCAGAACGCCGCUGAAGGAGUCAAAGGUCACGAGGAGGGAGUUGACUAUACAACCUCAUUCCUCUACCAGAUGCGUGUGGUGUGUGGUAGAACAGUGCUGAACACUGUGAGGAACCCUCAGACGUCUUAUGCCCAGUUGGCUCUCCAAAUCUUUUUUGCUGUUCUCGUGGGACUCAUUUAUUACCAAAUGCCCCUAACACUGCCCGAGGCUUUACAGAACAGGAGUGGAGCAUUCUUCUUUCUUAUCAUCAACAUGGUGUUUGGGAAUCUCUCGGCUGUGGAACUCUUUAUCAAUGAGAGGGCCAUCUUCAUUCAUGAAAACUCCAGUGGAUAUUACCGCACUUCUGUCUACUUCCUAUCCAAGAUCUUUGCAGAUCUCAUCCCUAACCGCAUCAUCCCAAUUUUUGUCUUUUCAGCCAUUGCCUACUAUAUGAUGGGUUUGAAGCCGGACUUUGAGGCCUUCCUGUGUUUCGCUCUCACUAUGUCCAUGGUCAGUCUGGCAGGAGUCAGCUUGGCCUUCCUCGUCUCAGCCAGUGUAUCGUCUUUUGCCAUGGCUAAUAUACUCAUAGCUCUACCAUUUGUCUUCAUGAUGGUCUUUGGUGGUUAUCUUGUCAAUCUUAAUGCCAUGCUGAGCUGGCUCUCCUGGCUCAAAUGGAUCAGUAUCUUCAGAUAUGGAUUAAAUGCUGCCUUCAUCAAUGAGAUGACAGGACAGUGGUUCUACACCAACACCACUCGAAUCCCAGGGGAGCUGUUCCUGAAAAGCCAGGACAUCGACUACUCUGUGUGGGGCUUCUGGCAGAAUCAGGUAGCCCUGCUGGGAAUCAUAUUGGUCUGCAUGUUCCUGGCCUACGUACAGCUGCGACGAAUCAACCGCUGGAAAUAAUGUCCAUCCAUCUGUUUAUGUAUGCUUUGUCCUAUUUUUUCAAAGGUACACAAUGAAACACAUAGCUUCAGCUGUUUUUUUUAUGUGUGCACCAGGUAGGAUAAGCUUUCUGUGGUAAUCAUCUGAAUGACUUUGUAACCUCCUGAGACUGUGUCCACGUUUGAGGACAUCGUAUUUUGGGAUUUUGGACUUUAAUACUUUAUUGAUACUUAACCUUGGCCUGUUAUCUUGAUUGUACUUUUCCUGUCUUCUAGUGUCAGCAAAAGCCCAAUAUGCUGAUCAGUGACAAAACA